AUCAAGAUGGAUUUACAAAUCUCUGUUUUUCUUCUGUUUGUUCUUUUCACUGCAGGACACUCUCUCAAAUGCUACCAGUGCUGGAGUUCGAUGGGUUCUUGUGUGGAUCAAAAUGUAACAACAUGUCAGAGUGGAUUUUCCGAGUGUGUGAGCGCAACAAAUGUAUAUAAAGUUGGAGAAACUAGUUAUAAAAUGAUUUUUAAAAAUUGUGCUGUUGACUGUCUAAAUGGGUCUGUGAAUGCUGGGACUUUGAAAAUGUCUUAUUCCUGCUGCAACACUGACCUUUGUAACUUCCAUGAUGCUCCAGAUCCCAGCACUAUCACCCCAAAUGGAAAGAAGUGUUACUAUUGUAAUGGACAGAAUUGUUCAAACACAGUGAACUGUUCAGGGAGCGAAGACCACUGCUUUACAGGGGCUGGCAAUCAAUCAUUGUCUAUAAAAGGCUGUGCCUCUAAAUCUUUUUGUGAUUAUGCCACUGCAUUGAAUAGUAGUGUUAGUGGCAUCACAUGUUGUGAGGGGAACCUGUGUAAUGAUGUUAAUAGUGUCACCCAGAGCGUCACCCAGAGACUCACUCAGAGUAUCACCCAAAUCGGCACACAAAACAUCACCCAGAGCAGUGGCCAGAACAACACCCAGAGCGGCACCCAGAGCGUCACUCAGAUCAGCACCCACAGUAUCACCCAGAUCGGCACACAAAACAUCACCCAGAGCAGUGGCCAGAACAACACCCAGAGCAGCACCCAGAGCGUCACUCAGAUCAGCACCCACAGUAUCACCCAGAUCGGCACACAAAACAUCACCCAGAGCAGUGGCCAGAACAUCGCCCAAAGUAACAGUGCUGAAUGUAUCAAUCAGAGCUUCCUGUUCCCCUGCUUUUCUCUGCUCUCCUUCAUCCUGCUGCAUUGAAUCCAGCAGCUCCUCACAUUCUACAAUGAGACACACUGUACUGAACAUAGAGCUUGUAUUUUCUCUAUACCACAUUUGGUGUUCUGAUGUUAUCUGAGCUGCUUAUAGUGGAAUUUAACCUGGUUUAUAAUUAAUUAACUUUGCCCUUUCAUUGAUAAAAAUGUGCAUUAUUGACACAGUUAUUGAUUUAAAUGGUAACCUCUGGAGAGCUGUUUUACAGCUGAAAUUGAAUUAGUUUCAUAAUUGAAGAAUCUUGCAACAUUAAUACUGUUAUAUUUCUGUUUCCAUUAAGCUAUACUGAAAAUCUGUAUUGCAAAACACUAUAUAAAUAAAUGUGACUUGACUUAAAGCUUGUCAUGCUGUAAAGAAAAACAGUGGUCACACUUUAUUUCAAGAUUCAAUUCUCACUAUUAACUAACUAUUAAUUACAGAUUUUUCCUCACUAAUCUCCUAAUUACUGCUUAGUAAGGUAGUUGUUAAAUUUAGGUAUUGGGUAGGAUUGGGGAUAUAGAAUAUGUUCAUAUAGUAUAUGUGACCCUGGACCAUAA